CGCCCAGUCGUUUUGCAAAGAGUCUUGGAAUGGAGGAGAGUAUAGAUGGAUCAAGACGCCAAUCGAAAAGAAAAUUGACUGUUUGUGUCAUUGGUAGUGGUGGGGUUGGUAAGAGCUCACUGACGCUAAGAUAUAUAAAUGGACACUUUCCAGAGUUUUAUGAUCCAACGAUAGAGGAAAGUUAUAUAACUCAAAUAGAGUAUGGCUUCCAUUUCCACGAAGUAGAGGUAAUAGACACAGCUGGUCAAGAAGAAUUCCUUUUAUUCCGAGAUUCAUCAAUGGCCCAAGGAGAUGCUUUCCUUUUGGUAUUUGCCAUUGAUUCGGUAUCUAGUUGGGUACACCUGAAGGAACUCAGGAGUAAAAUUGUUAGAGAAAAAGAUGAUGAUGUUAGCAUCCCAAUGGUUGUAGUGGGAAACAAAAGGGAUUUGGAGGAGGACAGACAAAUACCAUUGGAAGAUGUUGUUGAAUACUGUCAAAGGAUUAAAUGUCCCUUAAUUGAGACUUCAGCAAAGACAUCACUAAAUGUAACCGAGAGCUUUCGAAUGCUAAUGGAACAAGUUGAAGAGCACAGACUUAACUUAUUUAUCGAAUCAAGAAUAAAUGAAGAUAACAAUGAAAAAAGUAGAAACAAAGGGGCCUGUCGUACACAAUGAUUAAUUGUUUAUUAUUGAAAAUACCUAUUUUUAACUAUAAUCCAUAUUCACAAGAAAA